CGGCGCUGACAUCCCUCCCCCGGUCUCUGGCUUUGGAGACUGGUCCCUCUCCUUUGGUCUGGUCCAUGUCCACAGUCCGUCCAUCUGCGUUGAGCGCUCAGAAAACUCACAGGCUCGACGGAUCCCAAGGUUCGGAUCCCGACCCCCGGCUCACAACGCAUUGAAAACAGCACCAUCUUAAAUAUAUUACAGUCCCAAGCGCUUCCCCCACAGUCUAGCUGAUCUCUUGUCACCUGUUGCUCUCUUAGGACGAACAAAAGGGCGCUGGGCGGUUGAUGCUGGUUGCUGUUUUCUGGUUGCGCGCGCUCUUCCCUCCUUCUCGGCUCUGCUCACUCUGUCUAUCAUUCAAACUUUUCCUACUCGGCGCAACGUAACGCAACGCCUACACACCACAACCCAACCUCUUAUUAGUCUUACACAGACCACACUCACACACACAUUCAAGCAACUCGCAUUCUCUCAUAACAUCCCCGAUCCCGACCAGACAAAGAUCCAGAGCGGCCCAGUUUUAAAAAGUAAACAGGAACACCAGCAACGAAAAAGGCCUCGACUUGCUCAACCCUGUUCACAGCACGCUGGAGAAGAAGGGGAUCCCUUGAGAGGGGGCACGCCUGGCUUGACGUCGCCCUCUGCAUUAAGUCGAAAACAAGAUGUGGGCUACCGCUCCACUGCCGUACUACUCGGCCUACAAGCCAACCCGGAGGAAAGAGAGGGCAAGCAUCAGUAACAAAGGUGGCUCAUCGCCGUCCGUUGCCAUCAACUCACAACCUCCCCUUCCUCCUCUCUCAACCCAAGACCAUCCCGACAACAUCGCAGAUUUGUUCGAGCCUGCUCUUGAUGGACCGCCGUCGCCGGAAAGGAUCCGUGCCUUGAGCAAGCAGAUGCAGAGGGCCUCGGCCGUGGACAAACACAAGAGCCAUACAACCACCUCCUCUGGCUCGACGUCCUCGCUGCGCUCACUGAACUCGGACCGGUCGUGGGAACACACCCUGGAAACCAUUACUCUAUCAAGACGUUCUUCUGGCCGGUCGACUUCGAGCAGCAUGCCUUCCCGAGACCGCCCCGAGAGCGUACAGCUCUUUGGCAAAACCAUCUUCAACCGCAGGGCCAAGAUGAAGCGGGAAAGCAGUGGUAACCACAGUUCCUCUGGAAGUUCCUUAUACUCUGGUGAAGACCCAGUUUCGGGACGCAAGUUGCAAAUAUCAGGCCCUUACAACUUUCAACAUGUCACCCACACCAAGCGGGAUCACUUACCGGACCUUCAGCGGGGCAGCCGCGCCGAACUGGUCUCCGAAUUCUCAGCCAUCCGCGCUGGCCAACGGCCGACCACCGGCCAACUCAAGGGAAUUGACGUUGAAGAUUUGCACUUUUCCAACUUUUCAUCCGAAGCCUUGCACACGCAGCAGGAUAACGCGUGGACGUCCGAAACUCAGCCAGAGAUAUUUGCAAAUCGCCCACCUGCCAUUGCCCGGCAUACAGGCCCGACCUCUGCACCUCGACGGUUGGUCAAGCACACACGAUCCCAGGAACAACUUCGGUCGAGCCCGCCGCGCCCAGCACCUCCGCGUCCACCCCGGUCACCCAUCAACGAGGAAAUUGUCUCGCCAACUCUACCAGGCUCGCCUGUACCUGUCCCUCCCCCCAGAUCGUCAAGCCGCAUCACGAAGCACUACACCGUUUCAGAAGACUCGCUCGCCACCAUUGAUAUGUUCCCAGAACGCCCUCAGACCAGCAGCGGCUUUCACCUGCCAGGCACUCUCGAUGUGCCGAUCGAGUUCACUGAACCUACAAUUUCCGAAGAAGCAGAGCCUUUCGCAGACCCGAGAUUCUCUCAUGCAAUCACCACUCCCGACGACGCUGCGUGGCCACUCACAGCAAGCUCCACUGUCUCUUAUGAGAUGGCAUUGCCUGAUGUGCCUGAAGAGGAGGAGCAGUUCGUUUUGUCCCGGCAGUCUGGCCCGAGCUUGACCAGCACUCGUUCAUCGCUUCGAGGAAGCCAGUCUGUGCCUGCUCUGCGCCAGAGCGUGCCUCAGACGCCGGAGGACGAGUUCAGGCGGCCAUCGAGCGGCGCAUCGGACACGCUUGGCAGCUUCGACAUGCUUGCGGCGCAGAAUGCUCUGAAGGAAGCUUUGGAAGUUGAUGGACCGGCUGCAAUUUCUCACCGAGCCAGCUGGGAGGAUGAUAUUGACUACUGCUACGAGCACGAAGCUGAGGCUGAUUGCGACUACGCGUGGGACCGGCCGUCGUUGGAUAUCGUGAGGGAGGGCUCUAUAGAGACUUCCUUUGACAACGAUGGCAUCUUCGUCGCACCUCUCUCGGCUGGUCUGAAGCCGGCAUCGACGUUGGGACACUCUGACAUGCCAGCCCUCAGCCCCGCCAGUCAGACUUCCGUCAACGGACACGAAGCAAUCACUCCUACCAUUACCGCGCUGCCUGUUAGGUCAAACUUCUCUCAUCCCAGAAAGGAGACGAACUACCGGGGCACCUCCCAUCUCCACGUGAGGACAGCAUCGCGAGCAUCGAGUUUCAAGGAGUCUCACGGCUUCAACCUCUCGCCAUCUCUUCUCAUUCCAACGGAUUUCCGCCAGCAAAUGUUGGCAGACUCGGACACUGACGCGUAUCCCACGGAUGUGGGGAGACACGACACCAGCCACUUCGCCUUUGACGAGGAGCCCGUCCUGACGAUUGAAACGCCUGGACUGUUCGCCAGAGACCGUGCCAGCACUUCAACAACCGGCAGCAACUCUUCCAGCCAAACCAGCCUGACCGAGGCUCGCCAUACGUCGACCAACUCGACAUGGACGGCGCUCACCAGGUACACGGGAAGCACGACCUUUGAGGGAUGGAACCCAAAGUUUGAGGGUAGUGACCAUUCGCGUUCCUUCAGUGCUGAUGACUUUGCGGACCUCGGGUCGCCCAGAGGACGAAAGUCUACCAUGACUCCGUUGCCCGAAUCCGAGGAGGUUCUGACCAUGUCGCGUUCCACGGGUGACAUCCGCGCCGCUUCCGGAUGCAUCGACGCCAGCUUGUCCCAGGACUCUCUCCCGCUUGCCAAGAUGAAGGAGCCGGUGAAGCAGCACCGACGCCAACGUGCGCAGACACUGAGCGCCCCGCCCCCGCCUGGGCAGUACGCCCUUUUUCCGCCUCUCUACGCCGGCAGCCGCAUUUGAACGCCUGCUCGCCACUGAGUACACCUCCCGACCCAUGACACCACACUACGACCUCACAACACAUCUCAUAUAUCUUGUUCCAUAGACACACACACACACCUGGACGCGCGCCCCCGCGCGUUUCCUCUUCCGCAACGGCGGAGCGGCGCACCACACUAUCAAACCUUCUACACCUUAUUGUUUGUUUCUCGACAUAUCACGGCGUUUCAAGACAGUCGUGAUUCGUAUAGACUUUCUUGGCAUAUCUCGGAGGAGUUAUCACCUGGGCUCUCAUCAUUUCGUUCACACCAUAGACCAAAAAUCCGGUUUGGUCAUUCUUCGACUCCGACCACCAACCAUCACUCGCUACACACACUCUCACUCACUCACAAGACGCCCAUCAGCGCAACGCGCACAACGACCUACAGUUUCCUUACAUUUGUCUACAGUCCGAUCCGAAGGACUCACUCUUACUAUACUACCACCACCAGCAAUACCGCUACUACUGAUACUGUUAUUUUGUUGUACAAAAAAAAAAAGAAGGGCGCGAGCACAAAAGCCCACCGGAAGGGAUUUUAAACCUCCGCCGGGGUUAUGAUUUGAUGGAUUAUGACAAACCCCUUGUUUUUCCAGCACGGAGAAAAAGGGUGAAAGGGGGAACAGAAAAGCAAAAAACACUUGUAAAAAAAGUUUGGGAGGAGAGGGCCCGCGGAAGAGAGCAACCCAAUGGAGGGAUGGUGUUAUGCAUCUGUGCGAUCACGAGAAGGACCACCUGCGCCCCUGGAGGGGUACGCAGUGAGGGGGACAGAGAGAUGAUGUUUCCCAGCUUCGGAAGUUUUGGGUUUUAAAAAAGGAGGUUUACCUUAUUUCAUCGCGGUUCGGAUGCAAGCCGUGGAUCGCUCCGAACAAGAAAUUUCAACCCAAAAAAAGAGACUCCUGUUACCUGUCCCAUUUCCUCCUACUAUUGAUCUCUGUCCUCCCCAAUGACUUGCUGUGAAGAUUUUCGCCCUAUGAUCAAACUUACGUUGUGAAGAGGCAUGAACUUGGCGAAAAGGCGGGGUUGAGAAAG